CCGCCCCUCGGCGGGAAGGCGGGGCCGAGCGAGCGCGCGAGCAGGGCCGGAGCCGGCCUGGUAGCCCGCCGAGCCGGGAGCAGCGAGCGGAGCGCCUGGGCGGCGGCGGCAGUGCCUGUGCGAUGGCUCCCACCGUGGACCGGAAGGGCUACUGGGGCCCCACGACCUCCACGCUGGACUGGUGCGAGGAGAACUACGCUGUGACCUGGUACAUCGCCGAGUUCUGGAAUACAGUGAGUAACCUGAUUAUGAUCAUACCUCCAAUUUUUGGUGCAAUUCAGAGUGUUAGAGAUGGUCUGGAAAAACGGUACACUGCUUCUUAUUUAGCACUCACAGUGGUAGGAAUGGGAUCCUGGUGCUUCCACAUGACUCUGAAAUAUGAAAUGCAGCUACUGGAUGAACUCCCAAUGAUUUACAGCUGUUGCAUAUUUGUGUACUGCAUGUUUGAAUGUUUCAAGAUCAAGAACUCAGUAAACUACCAUCUGCUUUUUACCUUAGUUCUAUUCAGUUUAAUAGUAACCACAGUUUACCUUAAGGUAAAAGAGCCUGUAUUCCAUCAGGUCAUGUAUGGAAUGUUGGUCUUCACAUUAGUACUUCGAUCUAUUUAUAUUGUUACAUGGGUUUAUCCAUGGCUUAGAGGACUGGGUUAUACAUCUUUGGGUAUAUUUUUAUUAGGAUUUUUCUUAUGGAAUAUAGAUAACAUCUUUUGUGAUUCACUGAGGAAUUUGCGAAAAAAGUUGCCACCUAUCAUAGGUGUUACCACACAAUUUCAUGCAUGGUGGCAUAUUUUAACUGGCCUUGGUUCUUACCUUCACAUCCUUUUCAGUUUAUAUACAAGAACACUUUAUCUGAAAUACAGGCCAAAAGUGAAGUUUCUCUUCGGAAUCUGGCCAGUGAUCCUGUUUGAGCAUCUCAGGAAGCACUAAUGAAUUAUUCCACCAAGAAAACAAAAAAAUACCUGCCAUAGGCCUGGCAGAAUAAAUAAGGAAAUCCUAAAGAUCUACACAUUUAAAUAUAUCAUGACCAUCACAGCAGAGGAAGGACUUUCUGACUAAUGCUGCCAGCCACAUAGAGAAUGAGGAAUGGGGCCUAUUGGGUAUUUAGCUCAUGGCUUUAUUUCAUUUGUCCUCCUCCUCCUCUUCCUCCUCUCACCUUAAGAUGUUUAUAAAGAAACAGAUAUGAUGUACAUGUAUAUACUCAAAUGCUGAAAAAAUUGGGCUUUUCUUAACAGGUUAACAGUUUGUGCUGGUUGUAGGAAAUUAACCUUUUUCUCUUUUAUGACAAGGGUUGCAUGUGAAUUAUACCUUUCUUAAUAUUUGAUUAAAUAAUAAAAAUGGUCAGCUAGGAACUGGCAAAACCCUAUAUCCAGAUGGUCAGCUGUGAGCCAGCACUCAGCUGUGUCAGCUUUGAUUUAUAUUGUUUUCGUACUAACCUCAUGGAUGGUUUUCCAAGGUAAAAACAGAGCUAGCUGUGAGAUUCUGUAUAGUUCUUCACUAUCUGUCCCAAUGCUAGUCAGAGUGUCCAGCAAGCUCAGACCUGCCACUGGGUCCUAUACUUGUCACAUCCCAGGAUUUAUGAUGGUUUCUGGUAUAUCCAUGUAUGGCCACAGCCAGUCAGAGUGAUCUGUAACCUACAAGGUCAUCUUGUAACUUUUCUGAAGCUCCAGGAGGACACCUAUAGAACGCUGAACCUUCAGCCAGCUAAAGGUGGUUGCUUUGUUUCCUUUGAUCUUUGUAAAUCUUUAAGUCGUCACUUUUUUUUAUCGCUAAACAAACAUGAUUGGUGGUCUAAACUACCUAUAUUCCAUCCUUCUAGCAUAACUUAUUUGAAGUUAUCAGGGAAUGUCAUUAUACUUUGAUUUUUUAAUGCAGUAUUUUCCAGUUCUCAAAGAGGCCAUGGUUAUGCUCAGGGUAGUGUGUCAGAUUAACUAUAGCUAAGAGGAUCAGGAUCCAAGCUUAUUAAUACCUGCUCCUUCUUUUUUUUUUUUUUUGAAGGAAAUAGAUUUAAGGGUUGAGAAUAGCUGUAACUAGUAACUUCCAGAACCACAAAAAUUAGGGUGCUAAGAAAUGGCAGUAAAAUCUCAUGUUAGCUAAUUCUAAUUUGCAUUUGAAUACAUAAGAGAUUAAAUCACUUUUCAUAAACAUAACACCUGCCUGACAUAAAAACUUGAUUUGACUCCUUUGCUCAUUUAUUACCAUAUUUGUAGUGCUGUACUAUUUAGCAUUUUAUACCUUUUUUCUGCUUUAUAAGUUAUUAUAAAAUCCAGAUUGUUUUUACUACAUGGCAACAUUACCCAAGAUUAAAUCCUGAGCUACAGCUUCAAAAGGAAAAUCAUUUUUUCCUUAUGUAACAGUGGUAAAUGUUUCUGUCAUUUUCCCAGUAUUCCGUAAGUAGCCUUGGCACAAAUUUAAAACCAAAAAAUAUUUUGUUGUUUUGCUGAACCUACUGGCCUUAGUUUUAGUCAAAGUACUAUUUUCUUUCCCUUAGUGUGCCAAUAUGCUAUUAGGCCAAUCCUUUCAUCUAGUUUUAUGAUCCUCCACCAAGAAAAACACUUGCCAAAACAUUAAUCUAAGAGAACUCUGGUUCUGCCUUAGGAAGGUAUAAAACAGUUCCAGCACACAGCCUGUAAGACUGUUCUUUCCUUUGCCCCAAGAUUCUGGCUUCUGGCUACAUUUCACCUGCAGCUACCUGGGCUAUCAACCAUUGUACACUUUUUAAUUAAUUUUUUUAAUUAAUUCAUUUGUUUCAUACUAUUGUCUUUUUGUACUGUUCAAUCAGAUAUACUUCUACAUAAAGAAUCUAUACACAGUAUAGGAACAAAGGAACAUCAUUCAUGACAAUGCUGCUAAAUAUUUUAAGACUGAGGUUCUACAGUGUUGAAGUCAGAUUAAAGGUACAGAGAGCAUACCCUGAUACUGUGGCCAUUUAGAGCAAUUUGCUGAAUAAGCAUUCAGCUACCACCACCAGUGGUCACCUGUUGAAUAAAGUUGUCCAGCACCUCACUGGAGAGUCAUUUGUACCCCAGGGUGACCUGUAAGACUGUGGCCAGUUCUUCAAAGACCCUUGUUUCUGUUGUGAGAACAGACAGCAUGAAAGCUCAACAUAAACAUUUUAGAUGUGUUGAAACAGAAAGCAGAGAGGAAAGCCAGGCUCUUUAAUUUUCCAAGUCAGCUGUGCCUCAGGCAUGGCUUUCUUUUUAGCAACUAAGUAACACACUCAAGACUUUUAUCUGUGCCGGUGCCACACUGUAUGGAAAUCACUGGUGACCAAUAGGAUAUUGCUAAAUCUUUAUCUCAAUAGCUUUAUUUUUUCCUUCUGGGAUUCUGGGUGGAUAUUACAGGGUUGGAUUCCUACCCACAUUCCCUUUUUCUUAGAAAACUUCCUGUUAACUAGAGUGUACAAAAAAACCUGUUUCCUGCUGUGCAAAUAAUGGUUUGUUUGCAUAUCACCUGCUAUGAAAGGUGCUCAUCUCUGAGCCCUAUAGCAAAUUAUAUUUUAGAAAAUACUACUUUGUGAGGAUGUGAAAGCAGUUUGCUUCACAAUUUGCUCUUGUGUCCCUAUUCUCACUCUGGAAAAUUGAUAGCAAUUUGACUUUUUUUUUCUUUCUAAAAGAAAACUAGGUGAAAGCUAGUUGUUAAACUGGUCACUGUACUAGCCCCUCACCACCUUGGGGCUUUUGUGAAACAUCCCCACCACCUGACUUGAUCUUUUUUUAUCCUUGUAAUAUUUUAUACAUUGAUGAUUAACAGGAGUAACAUUUGUUUUUUUAAUAAUCUACAGAAGAGAACCCAAAUGGUGGUAUUUGGUUUGACAGAAUUAAAUCAAAUAUUAUGAUUUACCCAUAAUGCAGAAUUCCAGGACAAUUAAUUUGGGCUUUCCUUACCCUAAGAGGGUUUUUCUUAUAAUAAGGAAAAGAGUUGUAUAAGUCAGAUAAAAUUAAGAGACCAAAAACUUCAAGUACACAAUGUAUGAAAAUCUUUAAAUGCCUAUAAAAAUUAAGUUUUAUUAUAAUGCCAGCCAAUACUGAAUUUAGCCAGUGCCCCUAAAAGUGUCUAAUAAUUUAGUUUAAGGCUUUCUUAUGAGUCCUGUGAGUUCCAUAUUACUUUGCUCUUGAAAACAAUUUGUUGCUAAAUUUGACAAUUUUACUUACCAACUCCAUGUUCACAUAACAUGACAUUCUUUUGAACCUAUGGUUUAUGCCGUGCUACUAGAGAAGCAUUUACGUAAAACUGAUGUUUCAUAGAGAACCAGUUAUAAUUGAUAUUUGCAACUGUUUGGCUAUUUGCAGAUCUACCUCUGUCUUAUGUUUCACAUCAUAUCAAUGCUAUAAUAUAAUUAGUUUGAUCACUUUU